GAAGUGGCGUUUGGCUGAAAACCAACGGCGGCGCUGGCGGCGGCGCCCCCGGGGUGAGGGACAGCGGCGGCCGGGAGCGAGGCCCGCCCGGGGCCGGGGAGGGAGGAAGGUGGGCCGGCGGCGUCUAGGCGAGCAUGGCGAGCGGCGGAUCUGCCUGAAGGAGGGCGUCCUCCCCCGCGCCAGGGGCUCCCAGUGUGAUUCUGAGACAGAGGAGGAUACCCCAUAAAUGGCGAGGUCCUCCAGAUGCUCCGUUGUAUUGAUGACAUUACAUGCCAUCCCAGAAGAUUCGUAGAGGCAGCCAAGCAGGCAACAGUCAACUGACAAGCAUGGAAGUGCCUACUAAGCAUUACACACUGUGCUAAACAGGAAUGAAAUGUUAAUCCUGGGGCACUGAUGUUUUACAAUGCCUGAUCAAGACAAAAAGGUGAAGACCACAGAGAAAUCAGCAGAUAAGAAGCAACAAGGAAUCUCCACUAGGGACUACUCAGAUCUUAAAAGACUUCGGUGCCUGCUAAACGUUCAAUCAAGCAAACAACAGCUUCCAGCCAUUAAUUUUGACAGUGCCCAGAAUAGUGUGACAAAAUUGGAACACGCCAUCAAGGCUGGUGGACACAGAAGCCGCGGUCAAUGGCAAGAGUCAACUGAGGCUAUUGAACUGGAAAACUUCAGCAUAAACUAUAAGAAUGAAAGAAAUUUUAGCAAACAUCCACAACAUAAACUGUUUGAAGAGAUCUUUACAGCAUUGGUGAAGAACAGACUUAUAUGCAGAGAGUGGGUUAAUCGGGCCCCAUCUAUUCAUUUUCUGAGAGUGUUAAUCUGCCUGAGAUUACUCAUGAGGGAUCCAUGUUAUCAGGAAAUACUCCAUAACUUGGGUGGGAUUGAAAACCUCGCCCGGUACAUGGAAAUCAUAGCAGAUGGGUACCUCGGAUACGGAGAAGAGCAGCAUAACGCUGACAAGUUAGUCAACAUGAUGUAUAUCUUUCAAAAACUUUCUGCUGUCAAAGAUCAGAGAGAAUGGGUCAUAGCAAGUGGAGCCCACAAGACAUUAGUAAAUUUAUUAGGAGCCAGAGACACAAAUGUUCUGUUGGGGGCCCUUCUUGCACUUACCAGUUUAGCUGAAAGUCCAGAAUGUAGGGAGAAGAUCAGUGAACUCAGCAUCGUGGAAAACCUGCUGAUGAUCCUACAUGAGUAUGACCUGCUCUCUAAAAGGCUGACUGCUGAGUUGCUGCGGCUCCUUUGUGCCGAAUCCCAAGUGAAGGAGCAGGUGAAGGUGUACGAAGGCAUCCCCAUCCUCCUCAGUCUGCUCCAUUCUGAUCACCUGAAACUUCUCUGGAGCGUCGUCUGGAUUCUGGUGCAGGUGUGUGAGGACCCCGAGACCAGCGUGGAGAUCCGCACGUGGGGAGGCAUCAAGCAGCUUCUGCACAUUUUACAGGGAGACAGAAAUUUAGUUUCUGAUCGCUCUUCCAUUGGAAGCUUGUCUAGCGCAAACGCAGCAGGGAGAAUCCAACAGCUUCGUUUGUCAGAAGAUUUAAGCCCUCAAGAAAUACAAGAAAAUACCUUCUCUCUUCAGUCAGCCUGCUGUGCCGCUCUGACUGAACUGGUGCUCAAUGACACAAAUGCUCACCAAGUUGUACAGGAAAAUGGUGUAUAUAUAAUAGCCAAGUUAAUUUUACCAAGCAAACAAAAGAAUGCAGCAAAAACUCAUUUAUUGCAGUGUUAUGCUUUUAGAGCCUUGCGGUUUCUCUUCAGUAUGGAAAGGAAUAGACCUCUCUUCAAAAGACUUUUCCCCACUGACUUGUUUGAGAUCUUCAUUGAUAUAGGACAUUAUGUACGUGAUAUCAGCGCUUAUGAGGAGCUGGUAUUAAAGUUGAAUUCCCUGAUGGAGGAUGACCUGAAGCAGAUCGCUGAAAACAUUGAAAGCAUAAAUCAGAAUAAAGCACCAACGAAACAUAUAGGCAACUAUGCCAUUUUAGACCACCUUGGGAGUGGUGCUUUUGGAUGUGUUUAUAAGGUUAGGAAGCGCAGUGGUCAAAAUCUUUUAGCAAUGAAAGAAGUAAACCUACAUAACCCUGCGUUUGGAAAGGACAAGAAAGAUCGAGAGAGCAGUGUAAAGAACAUUGUCUCGGAGCUAACGAUAAUUAAGGAGCAGCUUUAUCACCCCAAUGUUGUACGCUACUAUAAAACUUUCCUAGAAAAUGACAGGUUGUACAUAGUUAUGGAACUCAUAGAAGGGGCACCUCUUGGAGAACAUUUCAGUUCUUUGAAAGAGAAACAGCACCAUUUUACUGAGGAGAGGAUAUGGAAUAUAUUUAUACAACUGUGCCUGGCUCUUCGUUACUUGCAUAAAGAGAAAAGGAUUGUCCAUCGAGACCUCACGCCAAACAAUAUCAUGUUGGGGGAUAAGGACAAAGUAACCGUCACUGACUUUGGCCUGGCAAAACAGAAGCAAGAAAACAGCAAACUCACAUCGGUUGUUGGAACAAUUCUCUACUCCUGCCCUGAGGUUUUGAAGAGUGAGCCCUAUGGGGAGAAAGCUGAUAUCUGGGCUGCAGGCUGCAUCCUUUAUCAGAUGGCGACACUGAACCCUCCCUUCUACAGUACCAACAUGCUCUCCUUAGCGACAAAAAUAGUAGAGGCAGUAUAUGAACCAGUCCAAGAAGGGAUCUACUCUGAAAAAGUAACAAUUAUAAUCAGCAGAUGCUUAACUCCUGAUGCAGAAGCGAGGCCGGAUGUGGUAGAGGUCAGCUCAAUGAUAUCUGAUGUCAUGAUGAAGUAUUUAGAUGGCUUAUCCACCUCCCAGCUUGCGUUAGAAAAGAAGCUAGAACGGGAGAGGAGGCGCACACAGCGAUAUUUCAUGGAAGCCAACAGGAACGCCGUCACUUGUCAUCACGAGCUGGCGAUCUUAUCUCAUAGAUAUAAUUUUUCCUCUGAGGACUGCUUUAGAUGCAUCCAAAAAAUUUUGGAAAAUUUUGAGAAGGCCAGCCUGAGCAGCAGUAGCAGCGGCGGGGCCAGCUUGAAAAGCGAGCUUUCUGAGAGUGCUGACCUUCCCCCAGAGAGCUUUCAGCAGCCCUGUGGGAAAGACGAAGACAGAGCCUGUGAUGAAAUCUUGUCCGAUGAUAACUACAACUUAGAAAAUAUCGAAAAAGACACAUAUUUGGAAUUAGAUGAUGAGCUAGACAUCUCAGAUAACUCCAGCAGCUCUAGCUCAAGCCCUUUGAAAGAGUCACCAUUUGCAGGAAACAUUGUAAGACACUCAGUCAUUCCAAGGAUCUGUGCGCUUAGCUCAAUCUCAGCCGAGACUUUAAGGGAUGGUGCUGCUUCUUUAUGCCCAUCACCAUGCAUAUUAAAACGAAGUUUCAGUGCUUCUGGAGGAGAAAGACAAUCUCAUGGAAGGGAAUACUCCGGAGGAAUAGGAUCAAGGCCAAGACCAGCUCUGCUGCCUCUUGACCUGCUUCUGAAAGUGCCGUCACUCAUGUUCAGGGCCCACGUUAAGAAACUAGAGGCCUCGUUAGGGACAGGGUGGCAGUCCAACAGCCUCCCAGCUGUGAUUCUUCGCAAUCUAAAAGAUCAUGCUUCUGCAGGGAUUGCUGUGUCCCAGAGAAAAGUGCGGCAGAUCAGCGAUCCCAUUCAGCAGAUCUUAAUUCAGCUGCACAAAAUUAUCUACAUCACCCAGCUCCCUCCUGCUCUGCACCACAAUUUGAAAAGAAGGGUUAUUGAGAGAUUCAAGAAAUCCCUCUUCAGCCAGCAGAGCAAUCCUUGUAACUUGAAAUCUGAAAUUAAAAAGCUGUCCCAAGGAUCUCCAGAGCCAAUCGAACCGAACUUUUUUACAGCAGAUUGUCAUUUAUUACUGCACUCAUCAGGUGGAAAUACCCUAUCCCCAAAUGACAGGACAGGACUUCCCAGCAGCCUUGAUCUGGAGGAGGGAAUAACCUAUGAACAGAUGCAGACUGUGAUUGAAGAAGUGCUGGAAGAAAGUGGCUAUUACAAUUUUACUUCUAACAGGUAUCAUUCCUAUCCAUGGGGAGCAAAGAGCUAUCCAACGAAAAGAUGAAAUGUUUUGAGUGGACUGGGGUUUGUUUUUACCAAUGAAGUUAACCUGCCAGGACUUCAGUUAUUACCGUGUGAUGGCCAAAGGGACAGGCUCUGCCGGAAGGGUAUUGAAGAGAAGAAACCAAUGCUGAAAUGAAUCCAGGAUGCCUUCCGGGGUUCUUGAUGCACAGGGCAUGCGGCUGCCAUCCACGGCCGCUCCGGUCUCUGCAGGGAGCUCUGUGCCUGCUACGCAGUUAGAAUGCUGCAAGUUUCAUUUGCUGGGAGUUAACAUUCCUUAACAGAACUUUCUUCCAUUUAAAAAAAUAGUUUUUCCUAUUUUUUUAAACAAUAAUGUGAUCCUCAGGAUUGCUGGAACUGUGUGUUUAAGGGCAUGUAGCCUUCCUUGUAUCAAAAAUAGGGAUAGAUUUGAAAAACAAGAACAAAAACAAAGCAAGAUUCAGAUAACAAAUUGGGUGACUCACUGUAUCCAAUGCUAAUUUUAAUAGAAAUCCCAAACUGCAGUUUGCAACUUAAAUGAAAGAAUUGGCUUGAUCUCAACCACCUGGGUGCUAAUAACCUUCAAGUUUGAUACAGCGUAGACAGUAUUUGCAAGCUGUACAGCUUCAGAGAGUAACUGUCAGUUUUUGAAUUUUAGGCCAGAAGAGUAGACUAUAUUCAUGUACAGUGUGCAUAUGUAUGUACAUAUAAAUGUGUAUAUAUGGAGAUAUUUUAUGUUUACCUAAAAAAUAAAUACCUAGAUGAAAGGGAUGCUUUGCUGCUAAUCAAACCUGCAGGGAUUACUGAAAGUUGAAAAGAUGUACACCCCGUCGCCGAGAUCUGAUCAUCCUGACUCCCCAGCCUGCCCUCUUGAAGUUUAAACAGUUGUUUGAAAAGGAAAUUAUUGUGUAAUGAGUGUUCAGUUCUUAUAUCCAGUGUGAACUACUAUAAAGAGUAACAUAUAUGUAUAUAUAUAUAUGUGUGUAUUGUCAUAUACAUAACACAUGAGAUUUGUGUGUAUAUAUUUAUCAGAAUAUCAAAAUGCCAAACAGUGACACAUCCCUGUAUAAAUCUGGCUGUUGACUAUAAGAUAGAGUUCUCAAAUGAUCAUCUCUGGUACCUGUGUGUGCAUAGACACAUGUGUAUACAUACUGCUUCCUGGGUAGCUACAGUGUGUCUUGACAAGGCUUUGUAAAACUUCCCAUGCCAAAUUAGAGCUUCCUUACUACGGGAUACUGCGUCUCCUUUUAACACCCUUCACGGGCCUUUAAAUAUGCAGUACUAAGGCAGGCCUAAAUACUGCUUUCAUGUAAGAGCCUUUUGCUGACUUUUUUCAAGUAUCUAGUUGUAGUCUUACUUUUUCACAACAGGGAAAGGAUUUGGCUGAUCGUAUAUCGCUAAACUAAUAUAUCUAUUUAGUUUAUUCUCUAUCUUAAAAUGGCCCAAAGAGAGUGAUCUGAUACAUAUUUUUAAUAUUUAAAAUAUAUAUAUUCAUUCCCAUAAAGUUUACACUUAUACCUCUGGGGGAAUCUUUGUUACCAAAUCAGUUACUACAAAGGCAUUAUAAUUUAAAAUAAGAGCUGUAUCUCUAAGGUGAUUGGAAAUGCUUUUUUUUUUAAAGUACAAUAGUAAGGAAAAAAAAAAAGGUUUAGUCAGAGUUCCAAAGGCCCGCCCCUGACUGUUCAUGGCAGAGCAGAAUUGAGUGAUCACAUAAGAAGUCUUCCUUUUCGAUGCCAGCAAAGUUCCUUGGGGCAUUUGUUUUUGUUCACAGGGGCCCAGUUACAAGAUUAGAGAAUCCAGAUUUGAGGGAGAAUACUGUUUAAAAUAUCUGUAUUAUCAAGCUUUUCCAGCUUUUUUCUCUGUUCUUUGACUUCUUUAGUCAUAUCCUGUCCACGUAAGUGCUUUUGUUUUAUGUAUGUUUUUCAACCAGAAGCAGACAUGUGAGAAUCUGGACUUGUCAGGGGGCGUGCACAAAUCUGAAAACAUUGUGAUUCUUUUGAUUACUAUGAAUAGCGAUGAGGAGUGACCCCAGCAAGUCACUCACCCCAUUACUUCAAUUACCAAGGGAUGCUUGACCGUCUCCAAAUCUAUGGGCAUAAUAAGCAUUCUUCAUCCCUCUGUCAAUUCAAGUGUAAGCUCAAAGGCUAUGAUGACCUCAUUUUGCCCAUCCAUAUCCUGGCCUUCGCUCAGUUAUUACUUAAUUUUGGCUCGAGUGGCAACCUCAGGGUUUCAUUCCUUGAUCCUCUUCCAUGUAGCCCCUGGCAGCUGCUGAAAGCCCAGGCAGAGCUAGAGGAAGCCCAGAACCUUACCAUGGAACAGAAGUCAAGUGCUCCUAAACUAGGCUAUUCCAUGCAUCCUGGGCUUGAGGCUCAUAAAUGAUCAUAAACAGGAGUGGGUGACAAGCACAGUGGUCAAAACGAUAUCCUUUCUGACCUGGUGUCAAAGUGCAGAAUCCAGACAUCAGACUUUGUUAAGAAAGUGCCCCCCCCAAAAAAAAUUUUUUUUCCCAGGGUUUUGUUGUUGUUUUGUAAGUGUUUGCAUUUGAUAUUAUUGAUUUGGGAGUAAACAAAUGGCUAUUUCCCUGGAAGUGUGUAAGUGUUUGGACCCUUCCAGUGUCAUUGAAUAUACCAGAAGUUACAACUCUUCUAAGUAGAACGGGGGACUAAAAGCAUAAACAACAGCAAAAUCAAUGGAUCCUCUGCCCAGCGAUAGUUUCCUGUCCUUCUGUGCCUACAUACAUUGUUCUUUUUUCUAAAGAGAGCCAGUUUUUGAAUUGACUCCUUAGCCUACCAUUGUCAGACAAAUGUAUGAUUCUCCUUGGGCCUGAGCUGCUGGAGGGAAGUUAGGUACUACCUAGGGUACUAUUCAAUGCCUUGAUUUGUAUCCCAAGGGGCCUGCGGGAGGUGAAGGCUGACUCCUUAACGUGACAGCAAGGAGAGGCUGGCUUGUAGUGAAAGUCUAUUAAUUUUGCUUUUGACUAUCUUAAUCGUCUUCCUGUGUGAACAAGUUCUUCAUUGAGCAGGGAAAGUCUUGAUAAUCUCUUAUUGAUUGCAUUUCUCUUAUUUUGCCUCUCUCUUCUGUAUAAUUUGUAAUUAUUUGUGGUGCUGUGAAAAUCCCACUUAGUUCACGUAAUUCAAAGGGGCUUAGCUUUGUAUAGCUAGAAUACAAAUCAGCCUUUUGGGCUCACUUUUGAUUCGCGGAUGCUUCAGUUAAUUAUAUUUUGGUCCAUCAGCUAUGUCUGAAUAUGUGCUGUUGAACCUUGUUUUACUUUUUUAAGCCCAGAUUUUCCAUUCCCAAUGAAGUGAUUGCAACAGUUACACCUGCUUGUCGUCAUCUCUCACACAUGUGCUCUGCAGGCCCCUUUAUGGCUAAACUAUCAUUAGUAACAAUAACUCACUCCCUGCACCAAAGGUUAAUGACGGAGUCUUUUGGGAAACCUGCAGAAGUGCUCAUGUUGAGUGUGGAUAUUUGCGUCCUCAUGUGCAAUGGCUUUUGUUGUUAAUUGGCACUCUUACUUCCUUGGCACACAGGACUGUCCUCAUCAGACAGUCGAUCAGUUGUCCCAAACAUUACAAUGUGUAGUGCUAUUGAUUAGGGGUCAAUGUUAUCCUUAGGGUGCCUGCAUUCAACUGACAAGAUGAGAUGAAUCUUGAUGCUCAAAUCCCGGACUUCACCAGGGUGUUUUCGAACUGUGCCACAAAUGUUCACCAACAAGUACCAUGAAUAUUUUUCAUGUGCGAUGACUGUGAUAUUGCAUGGUUGUUUUUCAUCAGUAUUAUGCAGAUAAAAAGCCACGUCCUUUGCUAUUGGUUUCCUUAAAUGUGCUUUCUUAAAUGGGAGGGCCAGUGGGAGAGGAAAUGGGUCCUGGCUCUGCUUUGGUUUUUGUUGGUUUUUUCAGCCUCAGUUUCUGUGAAAAUAACGUUAGCCUUCUGUAUGAAGUUAGAAACUUGACUCUUUUAAGUGGUUUUCAUUGCUUUCACUUGCUUUUUGUCAUGUUUAUUUGCUGGAGCACAGAACAGGUGCUGCCGGUACAAAAAGGGUUUGGCCAAAGCAACUGCCCAGAGACACCUUGGAGAUUCAGCUCUAGGGAACCCAGAACCAAAAACGAUGAAUAGCCCCAUCUCUUGGCCUCAGCUGCUUAGGUAAAACUUCCUCCAAAUAUUCAGCUUUUUAUUUUUGGCUUCUAAGUGCAAUUAUUGGUCAUACGUAUAUAUGUAUGCACAUAAUGCUUUGAUUUAUGUAGACAUACACAUACCGAGAAGGCAAGAAAGAUGUACAUACACAUACUAUAUGUAGGAUACAUGCGUAUGUGUACAUAUAUAUGCAUCUGUAUGUACAUAGUAAAUUUUAUAUGUAACAUGUUCAAAUGUAUCUCCAGAUACCACUGAAAUUGUAUUAAUUAUUCUCCUAAAAAUAUGCAUACUCAGUUCAUGAAUUUUAGCUAGAUUUUGUUUUUCAAGUCCAGCGCUGUUGUAUACGGCAUGCGUCUCCGUUAAUACUGUUUUUCACAUUAAUCAGAAGAUUCAAAUGUUUCCUAGAAACUUCUGUCAUAGUCAAGAAGACGUUAUUGUUGAUUACUUUUUUUGCCUGUGAUAUUGCUUGAGAUCCACACGAGAAAUAAAAAGGACUUUACUAUUCUGAACAGGUGACUAGUGAGCGCUGCAGAUUUGUUGUGCCAGUGGCUCGAUCCACGAUACAGAGCUAUUAGGUUUUUUCCUUAAAGCUUGCUCACUCAUAAACACAGCAGUCUCCUUGGCAGCUAUUACUGGCAUUUUUUAGAGUAGUACCUAUUUUUGGUGCUAAAAAUAGACUGCAAUUAACUAUGGCAAUAAUUCAAUUUUCAACAGAAAACACAACAUCAUCUGCCUAGAAAGGUGAAGCAACUUGCUAUGAAGUGAGGAGGGUUCUUUGUCCUGUAUCCCAAUCUGUGUCUGUAGAGGUAGGAGCAGUGGAUUAAAUGCCACAGAAAUGUGAUCUGGAAUGUGAUUGUUUUAAAUCUGUUCCUGGAGGGGUCUAACAAGUUCUUGAGCAAAGCCACGAGUUUUGCCAUGAAAAAAAUAGAAAAGUCCCCUUGACUGUCCUUUCUGCGUAUCCUUACACACAUAAAUAGUUGAGUACAAUUUCGUUUUCAAAUAUAUGGACCUGCCCAUGAAGAAUUACCUUUGGUUUUUGCAAGGAUGUGCAAAACUGUUUCCAUAAAAUACACAGGGAUUUGUGCCAGAUAUUGGAGAGAGGCAAGAAUCCAUCUACAAAAAUAAUUUAAAGGCCCCACAUCUUAAAGUCAAAUUGUGAUAGUAGUUCACAAAAUAAUAUUCUUAAGUUGUGAAUAGUCCAUCAUUUCAAGUGCCUCUCACUUCAGCAUUCUGAAGGCUCACAAAGCUCUUCUUGAUGACGUAAUUCUCCAUUGAAUGAAACAAAAGCAAAGGCCCUUGACCUCCAUGACUACCCCUUACUCCAGUCUUCUUGUGAGUAUCAGGGGUAGUUUUUAAGUAUAUGUCACCUGAAGAAGGAAUGCAGGCAGUAUUUUUUAUAAGCUCCACAAAAUUCAUCCUUAUGUAAAGUAAAGAAGGAAUCUAUUUCAGGCCAGUGAUGCCCCAAAGAUGCAGAAUCUCCCUAAAUGAUAACUCCAUCUCUAAGAAUUGGGAGGCAGGCUCUAGAGGGAAGGCUGACUGAUAGAGGUUCCCCUAGUCACUGGGGCAACUUUGCUGUUUUCUAUAGCAAAGGGAAGGGAUGCUCUGGGAUUUCCAGCAGUAAACAUUUUUCCUCUUGUUCCUGGGGAUCCUAGGGUAAGCCCUACAGUAGAAGAGUCCUACCCUGGUCACUGUUGUGACAUUCCUUUAGAGACCAUGGUCAUCAUUGCCAGUGAUGCCUGCAGAGAGAGCCCUAGAGUGGCAGAGGAUGCAUCACCGUUCUUCUCUGGAGGCAAGCAAAGACCACGCCCCUUCCCCUCACUGACUGCUGCAGUCCCAACACAAUGCACCUUUUUGCUCUUGUUUUUUGGAAUACCCUUUGGGGUGUUCUAGGGGAAGCCAAUGGCCCCCAGAAGAGAUAUAUUUACCAGUAAGCCAUCAUUUUCUGGUAAAUAAGGACCAUUCACCUUCCUCCACCAGGGAGCUAAGACCACUAUAUACUGUAGUACAAAAAUGGGAGGAAAUAUUACAGAUUUUUUCAGGCAAGUCCAGGCCAUUUUGAAGAAUCACGCAUUCAGAUACAUCGAAAAGAAAGAACCAGGGGUUGUUUUAGUUGGUUUCGGCAAGGCAAUUGAUAAUCAAGCUGCUGAAAGAUCCCAUCAUUUCCUUUCUCCAAACCAAGAAGCAGCCAUUUAAGAAUGCUUUCAGGACAUUUUGUCCACUGGCAUUCAGCAGAUCAGAGCUGAAUUAUAAUGCUUCCUGUAGUCUGUUGUUCCCAGUGGCAAUUCGUGAGGUUCACACAGAACAGAGCUGUCUUUUGAAAAGAAGUGAAACUCGUAAUCUCACGUGGCCUGACCACAUCUCUCUUCUGUAUGGUCACAGUCCAGAAAUGUGCAGGGACAAAAGACUCUGACUGUGGAAUGUUAAUGUAGACUGUAUUAUCUCCUUUCUUGUCACCUUAGACAAUGACACGCCUUCCACCCCCUGCCUUUCCAAUAGUCUAACACAGAGGUCUCCUGUGGGGAGCCUGCUUUUAUCAUCAAUGGAAAUAUUUUUAAAGUCAUGUCUGCGAGGGAUAAUGGAAGUGAGAGAGGCAGUCAGAUUUCCUGGGUACCCUGGAGACAUUCUGAAGACACCUAAACUCUCCCUGUAUGAACACACAGACACCCUAGCAAGCUGCUGGUGAUCCUAGCAUCAAGAUAGAGCUUGUGUGAGAUUAGAACAAAGAAAUGCUCCUGUGAAAUCUUUCUGUGAGAAAUGUGAGCAAACUUUAUUUUUGCUAUUGAUUAAAUAUGUCAAAUG